ACACCAUGUCCUCUUGGCGCCAAGAGCGAAACCAAAGCAGAUCUAGGGGGCUGGACCCCCAGCUUUCUAGGACCCUGUUCCUGCUGCUGCUAUGUGUGGCCUCAAACCCCAACCCAGACGCCUGCCUUGUGGCCCAGUCGGGCAACGGCAGCUCCGUCUCCUGCCAUCCACCUGCCACAUUGCUUCACCACUUCCCCGCCGACACCUUCUACCUGGUGGUGGAGUUCUUCAACCUGACCCAGCUGCCAGCCAACGCCCUGCAGGGCAUGUCUAACCUCCAGGAACUGCACCUCUCUAGCAACCGGCUGGAGAACCUUUCAGCCGGGUUUCUGCAGCCUGUGCCUCAUCUGAAGGUGCUGGAUCUCACCCGCAACGCCUUGGCCCGUCUGCCCCCGGGGCUCUUCCAGGCCUCUGCUGCCCUCCACACCCUGGUGCUGAAGGAAAAUCGGCUGGACGUGCUGGAGACCUCCUGGCUGUCUGGUCUGAAAGCCUUGGGGCAUCUGGACCUGUCUGGAAACCAUCUCCGGACACUGCCCCCGGGGCUGCUGGCCAACUUCUCCGACCUGCGCAUUCUCGACCUUGGCAACAACCAGCUGGAGACACUGCCCCCUGGCUUUCUCAAGGGUCCUCUGCGGUUGGACCGGCUACACCUGGAGGGCAACAGACUGCGGGCCCUGGGAGAGGACCUUCUGCUCCCCCAGCCAGACCUCCGCUACCUCUUCCUGAGUGACAACAAACUGGACGCUGUGGCGGCCGGGGCCUUCAGAGGCCUGCGGCAGCUGGACAUGUUGGACCUCUCCAACAACUCGCUCACCAGCGUGCCCGAGGGACUCUGGGUAUCCGUUGGGCAGCCUGCCCGAGACAUGGUAGAUGGCUUCGACCUCUCUGGGAACCCCUGGGUCUGUGACCGGAAGCUGGGUGACCUCUACAAGUGGCUCGUGGCCAAUAAAGACAAGAUGUUCUUCCGGAACAGCACACGCUGCGCUGGGCCUGAGGCUUGGAAGGGCCAGACGCUCCUGGCGGCAGCCGGGUCCCCCUGAGGCCCACGCUGGGGUGCAGGUGGGGAGGGGCUCCUGGCCCAUUUAGCCAAUAAUGCCACUUUCCAUACUUGCUGGGCUUUGGGUGCCCCUGGGUUUUUCUGAAAUGCAGCUGGGCCCUUGGUCCAGCCCCCUCGCCUCUACUUGAGCAGGCAGGUGACCUCUUCAGAGCCCCUUUCCCGGAUUCCCCCGCUCUCUUUGUCUCUGCGGCAGCCUCAGGCCCAGGGCUGGUCACGCUGGGCUUGUGUCUCUCUGGCCCUGUUUCCCCCAGUUUGGGGGUUUUCUGAGUGCAGGGUCUGGGGCUGAGUCACCUCUUUCCCAACAUCACUCAGUUUGGAAUCAGACCUAAGGGUUUAAUAAAUAACUGAGCAGAAAUAGACAGGCUGGCAUUCCUUUCCCAUGUUCCUCAAUCCCCCAAGCCAGCCUCCUGCGUCUCCAGGAUGAAGCAAGAAAAAAGGGGAGCCACCCAGGGCCAGGGUGCACAACCUCAACCCCCAAGAGGAUGGCGAUCCCCGAGUCAGUCUCCUGCGUCUCCAGGAUGAAGCAAGAAGAAAGGGGAGCCACCCAGGCCCAGGCACACAACCUGAACCCCCAAGAGGAUGGCGAUCGGCUUCUGAAGGCCUGUGGCUGCUCCCUGCCCCCUCCCUAUGCGGGACUUAACUAGAAAUAAAACCCUGACCAUUGCCCAAGGUGUCAUUUUACCGGUGGAUUCCUGCCAGAGCUUGUGUCCUGGGGAAGGUUGAAAUUAAAGCA